AUGGCGCAAAGCGACGUGGUCUGCCUCAACGUGGGCGGCGAGUGCUACUGGACCCUGCGAAAGACGCUGGAGCGGCUGGACAGCGAGGGGCAAUAUCCCAGCUCUGUCCUGGCCAAGAUGCUUUCAGGAGAAUUUCCGAGCAGCUGGGACCAGAACUCGCGUCUCUGCAUCGACCGGGACGGGCGCCUCUUCCGCCACGUCUUGAACUACCUCCGCGACGAGCGGCUCCCUCUGGGCCUCUCGCGGGCGGAUCGGACCCUGCUGCUGCAGGAGGCAGUUUUUGAUACAUCGGAGAUGGAGAUGGAACAGGCCAAGUACUACGGCUUGGACGAACUCCAUGAAAGUCUUGGCGGUUUGCAGGAGCCCUUACCACGACCUGCUCCGAAAGCCUUCACAGGUUUUGUUCCACGACCGCAGACACAGGAAUUGGUGCACGAGGCGCGCUGCUCACGGGACGUGACCGCUCCACCCGAAAAUGAACAGAUCAGGCCCAUCCAGAAGUUCCCAGAAACGCAACAAACCGGCUUCCGCGAUUUUCUGGCACAGCUUUUCCCGAGUUUUCGCCGCCUUGUCGUGUGCGAUGUUGGCCAUUCGUUCGCCACAGAAGCCAACCCACAGGAUAUACACCUGCAGCUUCCUGGAAGCUUGGAAGCCGAGCAAGGAGCAGAAGCAGAUGGAUCACUUGAUCGCAAGGGCCCGAAGCAAACCAACGGAUGGGCCAAGCGCUGGGUGACAAAGCGAAAGGAUGAAGAAGCGUUGGAGAGGUUUUUAGACAAACAUGACUUUGAUGACAUCAUCACAAGCCGAACAUCGUCACGAGCCUUGUCCUCCUGUUUCCCGCUGCGGAGUCCUGAACUGCUGUUCCCCAUUCACGUGGCAGCCAAGGAAGGAAAUCGCCGAGUUGUGCGCAUAUUGCUGCAACGAAAGGUGGAUCCCCAACAGCGAAGCUCCCAUGGACGAAGCCCUUUGGAGGUCGUCCAGGCUGCCUCCAAAAGCAAAGCACUGCCACAUCAUUUGGACAUCAUCCAGUUGCUCGAAAACCAAGUUCAAUUUUUCACUGUGCGCGAGCUGAGGGAUCGAGUUGGAUCGUGUUUCAUUGACAGUGCUUGA